AUGUCGUCCGCGCCUGAACUCUUCCGUCGCAAUUCCCCUCCGCCACCACCUCGUGACGGAUCUCGUCCACCACCACCUCGUGAUGGGUCCCGUCCGCCACCACCUCGUGACGGAUCUCGUCCGCCACCACCUCGUGAUGGGUCCCGUCCGCCACCACCACGUGAGGGGUCCCGUCCGCCACCACCUCGUGAAGGAUCUCGUCCGCCACCACCUCGUGACGGGUCCCGUCCGCCACCACCACGUGACAACGAGGCACCUGAACUCUUCCGUCGCAAUUCCCCUCCGCCACCACCUGGUGACGGAUCUCGUCCACCACCACCUCGUGAUGGGUCCCGUCCGCCACCACCUCGUGACGGAUCUCGUCCGCCACCACCUCGUGACGGGUCCCGUCCGCCACCACCUCGUGAUGGGUCCCGUCCGCCACCACCACGUGACGGGUCCCGUCCGCCACCACCUCGUGAAGGAUCUCGUCCGCCACCACCUCGUGACGGGUCCCGUCCGCCACCACCUCGUGACGGGUCCCGUCCGCCACCACCACGUGACAACGAGGCGCCUGAACUCUUCCGUCGCAAUUCCCCUCCGCCACCACCUCGUGACGGAUCUCCUCCACCACCACCUCGUGAUGGGUCCCGUCCGCCACCACCACGUGACGGAUCUCGUCCGCCACCACCUCGUGACGGAUCUCGUCCGCCACCACCUCGUGACGGGUCCCGUCCGCCACCACCUCGUGAUGGGUCCCGUCCGCCACCACCUCGUGAAGGAUCUCGUCCGCCACCACCUCGUGACGGGUCCCGUCCGCCACCACCACGUGACAACGAGGCGCCUGAACUCUUCCGUCGCAAUUCCCCUCCGCCACCACCUCGUGAAGGAUCUCGUCCGCCACCACCUCGUGACGGGUCCCGUCCGCCACCACCACGUGACAACGAGGCGCCUGAACUCUUCCGUCGCAAUUCCCCUCCGCCACCACCUGGUGACGGAUCUCGUCCACCACCACCUCGUGAUGGGUCCCGUCCGCCACCACCACGUGACGGAUCUCGUCCGCCACCACCUCGUGACGGAUCCCGUCCGCCACCCCCUCGUGACGGGUCCCGUCCGCCACCACCUCGUGACGGGGAUGGAAAUUAA